AUGAACAUCUUAAUUUCAUCAGGUCUGAUGACCCUAGUGAGUCUGUGUGGAACAUCUACAAGUUGCCCGUCAUUGUGUUCCUGCAACGUGAACCAAACAGACUGCAGUGACUUAAACCAAUUGGCUUCCUUGGACUCCAUCCUAGAGCAGCUUCCAUUUGACACAACCAAUCUCAACCUCUCCAAAAACAAUUUCACCACUGUGGAACCCGGCAGCUUUUCCAGCCUCAGCACUCUGCUACAUCUAGACUUCUCUAGAAACAUUCUCUCCGCCAUCAACCCUGGGUGUUUUUCCAACCUCAGUGGCCUGUUGCAUCUCGACCUCUCAAGAAACCUUCUCUCCAGAGUUUCCCCUUCCAGUUUCUCCCAUCUGAAUAGCCUGGAGUUCCUAGAUCUCUCAGUGAACCUUCUUGUGAGGCUCCCGGUUACCCUGUUCUCUGAUCUCAGCAGCCUAAAUGAACUGGUUCUACGAGACAACAGGCUGAGGGAACUGAACACAGAUCAGUUCAAAGGCCUGACUGAACUUAGGCGUCUAGAUCUUUCUUUAAACAGCCUCAGCCAUGUGCCCACACACCUACUGGAUGGGCUCCAGAACCUGCUGUGGCUCUCGCUGGUGAGCAACAAGCUGAAAACUCUUGAUCGGUCAUCACUGGAGCCUGCCAAUGCUCUACAGCAGCUGCUGCUCGAGGGAAACCCCUGGAACUGCAACUGCAAAUUAAUCCCACUCAAGUAUUGGCUGGAAUGGAUCGUAUAUACAGGUGGCCGUGUGGAUUCCCCCAACUGCUUGUUUCCAGCUGACCUGCAGGGUAAAGAUCUUGCCAGCCUCCCAAUGGAGUUGUUCAGACACUGUUACCCCCUGCAGCUCCAAACCAGAAAGCCAUCCGCCCCCGAGGGCCACCAGGCGCCAUCGGGAGACUGUAUGCGCCAGCGCUACCGGGCUGUGAGUGUGCGUCGAGCCACGGCCACAGUGGUGGUGGCGGGUGUGGUGUGCAGCGUAGUGUGCGUGUUGAUGGUGGUGACGGCCACGUACGGCUGUAUCUACGCCACGCUGGUCGCUCACCAACAACAGCAGAUACUGCAGAGAAAGCACCAGCAGCAACAGCCACUCAUGGUGGAGAAAGAACCAGCGCAUGAUGAAAAGGAGGAUCUGAUGCCAACCAUCGGAAAGGGCGCCGAAGCUAUGGAGUGUGUGGGGUGGAUGGCGUUUCCUCCGGAAGUGUGUGUUUAAGGGAGACGGUGGUUUAUUGUUGAGCAAUUACAUAAAUUACAUGAGGUCAAAUGACUCUGUGUAUGU